AUGUCAGAUCCAAGAACGAGAAAGGCGCGACAUUUGCUUACUCCUGAGCUCUUGUCGUCUUCCAUCCUAAUAACGGAUUUGCCGGCAAACUGGAAUGAAAGUACCAUAUCUUCGGUAGUGGCUGGGUCGGGACCAAUUACGAACAUUUCACGUAAAGUGGAUCCACGCAACGGGAAACUUGUGGGUAUUAUAGUGGACUACACAACGAGCAAAGAUAGUAAGCGAGCCCUGGAAGUGCUUCGAAAGAUCAAGAAAUUUCCGUGCGGCACAGAAAGAAUCAUCUCAAACACGCAGAAGAACAGCAAAGAGAAAAGCACUCCGUUAGAAUUAGACCGCAAUGCAUUUCCUUGGGAUUGUGGCUUGGAACUGCCUUUCGAAAUGGUCUCGGAAGUACCCUUACCGAGAAGACCCACGAACCCUGUUCCAGUAACUUCGAAUGGUAGCUCAUCCGAUUCGAACAGUCCUACGGCAUUUCCUGACAUUUUAAGCAAAGCUUCUAAACACUUGCCAGGGUUUGUUGCAAAUUCUAUGACAGCCCCGGACGCGAUAUCGUCAAAUUUAAGCAAGAUCGCACCAUUACAAUUACUAGAGAUGAUUUCAAAUUUGAAGAUAUUAGCGAAUCAAGAUCCAAAUCGAGAGCAGCUGACAAAUUUUCUAGCUAGCAAUCCGGAUAUCUCUAUUGCAGUUUCACAGGCAAUGCUCGAGAUGGGAUUUAUUAAUUAUAAUGUGGUUACUAAAGUCAUUGCAGAGCAGCCCGGAGCAAGAUCUCAGUCACCCAAUCAACAAAACAGUACUGCACAGGUCUUCAGCAACAACAACACACCCGGUACUACACCGAUGAAUAGUAAUGCGGCAAUGAACACAUAUACAGCACCUGUGAGACAACCACAACCACAGCUUCAACCGCAAGUACAGCCUCCGCUACAAACACUCCCACAACCACCUUUACAGUCCCUCCAACAAACACAGCUGCAGCCGCCACAAGUGACCCCUAUGGCGUUCAGUCCGCCACAGCAGCAUGGGUUCGGUUACAACACAGCGCCCAAUGUCGUCCCAUUUGCUGCCUCACCAAUGCCGGUAAAAGCUGCUGGCGACCGCGUAAACAUGAUGAAACUAGCUGCAUUGCCACAACAGCAGCAAGAUAUGAUCAAACAGGUUCUACAAUUAACGGCUGAUCAGAUACGGCUUUUACCUCCAGAUCAAGUGGCCAUGGUCGAAAAUUUCAAGAGAGAAUAUCUAAUGUGA